AUGGCUUACCAAAAGGUCCAUGCAAACCAGAGCGCACAGUAUUUAGAUACUGAUGACCUUCCAGCCACUUCCCUGGAGUUAGAAUGGGACAUGGAGAAAGAACUGGAGGACCUGAGCUUUGACCAUUUUAAUUUGGAUGGGGGAGUCGCUCAAUCAACUGAGAGUACUCAGAACACUGACUUGGAGUCUAUUCAGCCAUCAGCAUCUCCCAAAGGAAGGUUUGAAAGGCUCCAGGAAGAUUCAGAUUAUGUCUCCCACCAUACACGGCGUCCACCAAAGAGCAACUGCUGCAGUUUUUGCAGGAUAUUUAAGCUAUUUUGCACUGCUAUGGGUUUACUUAUUUUGGGGGUUUUGAUAGGCUACUAUGGACAUGCACAAUGCCCACCUUUACUGAAAUCUUCAGAAGCCAGUGAUCCUCCCAUCAUUCAGGAUAUUCUUAAAGAUAUCAAAGCAAAAGAUCUUGCAGACAUUUUCAGAGAUUUGAUACAGCAGAGUGGAAAAGAAGAUAGAGAUGUUGCAACAAAACUUCUGGGUCAGUGGACAUCCUCUGGUCUUGAAGAUGUCCAGCUCAUAAAUUACUCUGUCUUGCUCGACCUGCCAGGCUCUUCACCAAAUACAGUGAUUCUGAGUAACACCGGGGAGUGCUAUUAUCCUAGUGGACAGCCAUGUAACAAAGACAGCCACAAUCAUCACAGUCAAGACCUUCUGUACUCCUAUGCUGCUUACUCUGCCAAAGGAACUCUCACGGCUGAAGUCUUUGACGUACAAUAUGGGAGUCCAGAAGAUUUGCUCAGGAUUAAACAUUUUACUAAUGUCUCCAGCAAAAUUGCUCUUUUGAAACUUGGACAUAUGCCUUUGCUAUAUAAGCUUUCGCUGCUAGAAGACGCAGGUUUCAAAGGUGCUCUUCUUUACGCUGACCCUUGCAAUGUACCAAAGUUUCAAAACCUGAGCAAUAAAGCAUUUAUGGUAACAUUAAACAGUGGGGGUGACCCUUCAACACCUGGAUAUCCAAGUGUUGAUGAAAGCUAUAAACAGCACCGAUCAAACCUCACUUCUCUCUUAGUGCAGACAAUUUCUGUGACGCUGGUCAGGAAGCUGUUCAUUUCCCUUGAGGAAGCUGGUGAAAAUGAAAUUUGCCAGCCACUGAGAUUGCCUUUUGCAGCAGAAAGGAAAAUUCUGACUUUGAAUGUUCAGACUCAGCCAACAUACAAAACAAUAUCCAAUGUUGUUGGGUAUUUAAAAGGAGCUACAGUUCCUGAUAGAUAUGUCAUAGUUGGCAGCCACCACAGCAGUUUGCAUGGUUACAGUAGUGAGCAGUGGGCUCAUGGCACAGCAGUGAUGACUGCACUUAUUCAAGACUUGAUGAGGAAGGUGAAGAAAGGCUGGAGGCCUCAGCGGACCAUCAUUUUCUGCUCAUGGGGAGGAACCAUGUUUGGCAAGAUUGGUUCCUAUGAAUGGGCAGAGGAUCUCAGGAAAGUUCUCCAGAGGAAUGCAGUGGCAUAUGUGAGUCUCCAUGAUCCAAUAAGAGGCAAAGGAAUUUUAUACUCCACAGCAUCUCCUUCGGUUCAGCAACUAGCAACUGAGAUUACAAAGAACUACAAGCUCACCUGUCUUGGGCCAGAGAGAUGCAUGGAAUCCAAUGCCAGCUCAGUUCAAAUGCAAGGGGAUUCUGAUUAUUUCAUCAACCAUCUUGGAGUCCCAGCUUUGCAAUUUUCAUACCAGGAUUCAACCAUAUUAGAGACAGCAAGCUUUCUUUCUGAAGCUGUUUUCCCUGUGCAUUCAACAACAUCCACAAAGCUGGAUUCUUCUUUUAGCCUGCACGAAUCCAUCACUAAGCUGACAGGAGAAGCAAUUUUGCAAAUUGCUAGCAAGCCAGUUUUGCCUUUUAAUGCCCUGGAUAUUGCAUUGGAAGUUCAGAAGAACCUUCAAGCCGAUGACCAUCAGAAUGCUGGCAAGUUGCUGUCCAUGGCUUACUCUUUGCGGGAGAGUGCAGAGUUGUUUCAAUCAGAUGAGAUGCGGCCAGCCAAUGACCCAAAGGAAAGAGCUCCUGCCCGUAUCAGGAUGUUGAACGAUAUAUUGCAGAGUAUUGAGAAAAACUUCUUAGUUUCAGGUGUUCCUCCAGGUUUUUACAGAAACAUCCUUUAUCGACUAGAUGAAAGCACACACCAAUUUUCAGUACUCCUGGAGGCAGCAGAGCACUGGAAGCUACAUCAGUCAAAUGAGACUCUUCAAGCUGUCUUGUCAAAAGUGUUCAACAGUUUCAAUUCAGCUCAGGUUUGUUUCAAGGCAGGACUUGAGGUCUUUGAGGCCACCUCAGUGGGAAGCAAAUGAGGAGCUUUUGGCGUCUGCACACACACCACUAAGAGCUUUGUUUACGUUUCCCAGAGGAAGACUUUGGGUUGGACCUGAAAUGAUAUCAGGUUGAAAUCUUUCUUUGAUUUCUCGACUUUAAAAAAGGAGAAUUUUUUAAUAGGAAAAUCGGAAAAUCCUAUUUUCAAGGUACAAUAUUGUAUGCCUAGAUAAUGCUAAAGCAGCCUUUUGCACUGUUGACAAUUUAUUGUAUAUUUCUAUUUUGGAAUGUGUGUGGUGGGAUAGGUAUAUGUGAUGAUAGACAGACAGAUAGAGAAUCAAAUGAGGAAGAUUUUCAAUUUGAUAAUUAGAAAAUAAUUCCACACAAGUGACUGGUAGAAGUGAUUGAAGAGCUCUAUCUUUCCUGUAAUAGCCUGCUGCAUUUCUAACUGCACACAGAGGAGACAUAGAACAGUCCAUCCCACUUCCAUCAUCUUCCUAUGUGGAACACCUGAGCUUCCAUCUAUUCACUUAUUUGCAAUUAUUUGGCACAUGAGACUACCAGGUUUUUAAAUAUAAGGCCAACAUGCAGUACAUUGAUUAGCAUUUGCCAAAUGUCACCAUUCUGCAGCAAAAAACAUUUCUGAAACUUUAAUUCAAAAAUAUCUUGCCAUGUGGCAUUGGGGAUUUCUGUUCAACAACAGCAACAAUCCCACCCAUUUGUGGAUUUAAGCCAUGAAAUCUGAUAAUGUGUGGUUUUUCAUGGAUGUUUUCAGAUUUCAUAGAACACCUGAUUUACCAACACCUGAUUGUUGACUUGCAAGUGAACUUUGAUUGAGCUGGAUCUCCUGUAGAAGACUCAAGAUAAAGCAGAGUGAAAAAUGAAAUCUUAUGAUGUUAUCCUACAGGAAACAAAAGCAGUCACAAUUUUUUCUUACUGUUUAUGCACAGUGUCCAUAUUACUCAUGUGCAGGUCCAUAAGAAAAUUACAGACCAGCAAUUGUGAUGCAAUCUAUCUACAAUAUAAUCCCUAACUACAGCCAGAUAGGAACAUGCACUGGAUACCAAACUGAUGAGAUAUUGUAGACAGCUACAGAUGAAACGUAUAACUGUUACAUGGACCAGGAAAUUGAAAUUAAAUUGUUUCUUGAUGGCAUCUUGCUGAAGGUCUUCCAGAAAAAGUAAGGGAUGGGUAAAAAGAGUCAAAAUAUUCAAGGACCUACUAAAAUGGAUGCAGUUGAAAAUACAGUAGCCUCGCCAUUCUAUCCCCAAAACCAGAGAAACACAGACAUCAAGGCACGUACUUGCCCAAUGAGGUCAUAGCCAUUAC